UGGUUAAGUCCACAAUAUUAUAAAAUAAAAAAAUUAAACUCGUAUAUAAAAUAAUUAAUUAAAAAAUAUAAAUAAAAUAAAAAGUAAAGAGAACAAACAAAUCAGUUAGAGUGUGAAAUUAAAGAAACAAACAACAAACCAAAAAAAAAAAAACAAACAAAAAUAAAUAAGAAUAGAAAAAUUAUUACUGUUUCUUUUUCUUUAUUCAAAGUCCAAAAAUUAAUUUAAAAUUUUUCGUAUUCCGGGGUCCGGUCUAAAUAAAAUUCAAUUAAUUAAAAUUUAAUUUUUAAGAUAAAUAAGAACAAAAAAAAUGUAUCAAUUAAAUUAUUUGUCAUUAAUAUUUAUUGCAUCAAUAAAUUAUUGUUUAUGUGCAACAUUUAUUGAUUUUAAUGCAUUACAUAAAGAUCAUCCCGGAAAAUGUUAUGAUUCAGAAACAAAACAUGCAUUCAGUCCAAAUGAAAUUUAUAAACCAAUUGGAAGAUGUUUAGUAUUGGAUUGUAUUAAACCAGGAUAUGUUCAAGGAAGCAGUUGUGGAAAAGUUAUACUACCAGAUGAUUGUAUUGAAUUAGAAGGAGAUUUAACGAAACCACAUCCGUAUUGUUGUGAUGAAUUUUUAUGUAGUGAUGAACAUGGAAAAAAAUUCAUAUAUAAUCCAAGUAUACCACCAUCAUCAACAAAUUCAAAUAAAAUAAUAGAUGAGAGAAAUGAUAAUUAUUUAUAAAAAAAAAUAAAAAACAAAAAACAAAUAUGUAUAAAUUAAUAAAAAAAAACAAAUAAUAUUAUUAAAUUUAAUUAAUUAAUAUAUUAUAUAUAUUAUAAAUGGUAUAUAUUAUAUAUAUAUAAAAGUAAGUUAAUGUAUAAGGAAAAAUAAUUUAAAAAUAGUUUUUAAAAUAUCGUUUUUAAUUAUAAAUAUGUAUUAAU